AUGCUUCCUUAUUACGAAGCUAGAAGAUUUAAUUCCAGGUAUACUUCUGAGGUAUCGCCAUUUUCAUAUAUACACGCUGAUGCAUUAUCUGAUAUUAGUAAAGAAGAGAUUGCAAAGCAUCUACAAGAUCUUGGUCCGUUCCCUACAUACUCGAACAUCCUUAAUCCGCAGCAUUUCUACCAAAACACAGUGCUACUAGAUUUUCUUAAAAAGAAACCUCACCCGGUGUCAUUGAGGCAAUUGGCUGGCUUUGGGAAUACGAUUACCAGACAGAAACUCAUCAAUAGUGCGAAUUUUGUUCGCAUUGAGAUACCCAUUCGAUUUGCUAUUAGGAUCCGAGAUUUGCAGACAAUGCCCUUUGGUGUAGUGAACAACUACCAUUUGGCUCAAAUUUACGAGAGUUACUAUCAUCUGUUCAAUGCUUUCCGCAAGAUUCCACAAAUCAACUCGAUUGAAGAUAAUGAAAGAUUUUGUCAAACAUUAUCUCGUUUACUAGACGAUCACGUAUUCAACUUAUCGCACUUGAUGAUGGGUGCACUUGAAGUAUCAAUUGCGGAAAGUUUACCGCAGGAACAGUUGGAUGCGUUUAUGAGCUCAAUGUUGAGGUCCAGAAUUAGUCGAAGAGUGAUUGCAGAGGAACACUUGUCGUUGAGUGAGAAUUACCGCAAGAAUCCCUAUGCGAAAAAGCCUCCGCACUAUCUAGGAGAGAUUUUCCAAGAUUGUAAAGCAGUAGACCAUUUUAAUGAAGUCGCUGAUAAGAUAAAGCAAUCUAUGGCUCAAAGAUUCCCAAAUUUGCAAGAUAGAUUGCCCAAUUUGGAAAUCGAAGGUGAUUUGAACUGUCAUUUCCAAUUCAUGGUUCCGCAUCUACAUUAUUUGCUUCAUGAAAUAUUGCGGAACUCAUAUGAGGCCACGAUCAAAACACAUGGUGAAAGUUGUCUUGAAAAUCAAAGACUUCCGCCAAUCAAAGUCACAAUUAUUGAUCUGAAGAAGCAAUUUUGUUUCAGAAUUUCUGAUCAAGGAGGUGGAAUGAAUGAUGAAAAAUUGAAGCUGAUCUGGUCGUUUGGUAAAAAUCCUACUCUUGCAAGACAGAGUUUGGCUAACUUCCACAAAAUCCCAGGAAUACAGUUACAUUCUGGAUCUCUGACAGAGAAACAAAUUGAUACAAACUUGUCAAAUGAUUCACUGCAAAAUAAAAAUGAAAGCUCGUUGCAAAAAACUUCUGUUAGAGAUAUGCAAGUAUCGACAAAAUUGAAAAGUUCAACUUUACAAGAGUUUAUGACUAGACCUCAUGAACAAAAACUUGGUAUGGGUCUUCCCAUGUGCUCGGUGUAUGCUGACUACUGGAAUGGAAAAUUGCAAAUGAACUCUUUGGAAGGAUAUGGUUGUGAUACUUCAUUAACGUUGAGUAAGCCUGGUUAUCACAGUAACGUGGUCCAACUUGACCGGGCAUAA